AAUAUGGCACCUCCACAUCCGAGAGAUCCCUCUACUGCUGCAAACUAUGAACAGGUCACUGUUUCCCACUACGCUCUCAAGUGGAAAGUUGACUUUGAGAAAAAGCAUAUUGCUGGAGAUGUAUCAAUUACGUUGGAUGUUAAGCAGGAUACUGAAAGAAUUGUUCUGGACACUCGUGAUCUAUCGGUCCAAUCAGUCGCCUUGAAUUUGAACGGCGAGCCGAAAAAGGCUGGAUUCACAUUGGAAGACAAUCAAGCUCUAGGGCAGAAACUUGUCAUCACAACUGAAAGCUUGAAGUCCGGUGAUAGGCCAGUACUCGAAAUCAAGUAUGAAUCCAGCAAUAAUGCGGCUGCUCUUCAAUUUUUGACUGCUGAACAAACCACGGAUAGAGUUGCUCCUUAUCUAUUCUCUCAAUGCCAAGCAAUUAAUGCUCGUUCAAUCGUCCCCUGCAUGGAUACUCCAUCGGUUAAAAGUACCUACGAAGCUGAAGUAUGCGUUCCAAUUGGAUUAACCUGCCUUAUGUCAGCUAUUGGACAAGGAUCAACACCAUCUGAAUGUGGAAAAAGAACAAUUUUCUCUUUCAAACAGCCAGUUUCAAUUCCAUCGUAUCUUCUUGCGAUUGUUGUUGGACAUUUGGAACGGAAGGAAAUCAGCGAAAGAUGCGCCGUCUGGGCCGAGCCAUCUCAAGCAGAAGCUUCGUUUUACGAAUUCGCUGAAACUGAAAAAAUUCUGAAAGUUGCUGAGGAUGUUGCCGGUCCGUAUGUCUGGGGAAGAUAUGAUUUGGUUGUUCUUCCAGCAACUUUUCCAUUUGGAGGAAUGGAGAAUCCUUGUCUCACUUUCAUUACUCCAACUCUUCUUGCUGGUGAUCGCAGUCUCGUCAACGUUAUUGCUCAUGAAAUUUCACACAGUUGGACUGGAAAUCUCGUCACUAAUUUCUCCUGGGAACAUUUCUGGCUAAACGAAGGAUUUACAGUUUUCUUGGAGAGAAAGAUUCAUGGUAAAAUGUACGGAGAACUGGAGAGACAAUUUGAAAGUGAAAGUGGAUACGAAGAAGCUCUCGUUCGCACUGUCAAUGAUGUUUUUGGACCAGAUCAUGAAUAUACAAAACUUGUUCAAAAUCUUGGAAAUGCUGACCCAGAUGACGCUUUUUCAUCAGUUCCAUACGAAAAAGGAUCGGCACUGUUGUUCACAAUUGAGCAGGCACUGGGUGAUAAUUCUCGUUUUGAACAGUUCCUGAGAGAUUACAUUCAAAAAUAUGCCUAUAAAACUGUCUCUACUGAAGAGUGGAAAGAGUAUCUCUAUGAUUCAUUCACUGAUAAGAAGGUUAUUCUGGACAAUAUUGACUGGAAUUUGUGGCUUCACAAAGCCGGACUUCCACCAAAGCCAAAAUAUGACUCAACUCCGAUGCAAGCUUGCAAGGAUCUUGCCGCUAAAUGGACUACAGAAGGAUCCGAGGCACCAACUGACGGAGAAGUCUUCGCAAAGAUGUCUAAUUCUCAAAAGCUUGCUGUUCUCGAUGCAGUUCGUGUGAACAAGACUAUGUUUGGAGAUCGAAUGCCUGCGUUGACAGCCACCUAUAAACUGGAUCAGGCUAAAAAUGCAGAGCUAAAAUUCUCAUGGCUGAUGCUUGGUCUCGAAACGAAGUGGUCUCCGAUUGUUGAUGCAAGUCUAGCGUUCGCGUUGGCUGUUGGUAGAAUGAAGUAUUGCAAACCAAUUUACAGAUCUUUGUUCGGAUGGAGUGCAACACGUGAUCGAGCCAUCUCACAAUUCAAGGCAAACAUCCCAAAUAUGCAUCCAAUCACUGUGAAAGCAAUCCAAAGUCUUCUCAAAUAAGUAGACAAUUCUAUCGCAUGUACAUCGCAUAAUUUUUCAUCGUUUAUUAUUUUUAUUUAUCAAUCGAUUAUCGAACUGUAAAAGUAAAGAUCCUAUCAAGUGUACCCGGCUCAUUUCUCUUCCCGAAUCUUCCGUAAAUCAUAGUCUGACCAGUCGUACUUGCAUUUGUACGGCAUGAAUCGUUCUGGUACACCUUUCAGACGUAGUAAUCGCAUCUCUUUCCAUUUAUCAUAAUCUUUUUGUGAAUCUCUGUAAGUAGUUAAAGUUAUUAUAUAAACC